GCAGAUAGGCACAGAGACAGACAAACAAGAGACAUUCACAGGGUUUUUGCUUUUCACUUCACAGGAGCUGCCAUGACAUUUGCUUCUUGCCUUCGAAAUGCACCAUUAGGCAGAGGAAUUGUAAAGUGCAAGCGCUGAAAGGCAGUACAGGAGCAAGGGGAAGGGAAAAUUGCAGCAGGAGAGUAUUAAGAUAUUCUUGUGUGUAAAUUUUUUGGAAGGUGGGGGGGGGGGAUUUUUUUUUCAAAAAAUGGCAGCCAACUGUAGUGCUAGUGCCAGCAAGACCAAAACCAAGAAGAAGCACUUUGUGGCUCAGAAGGUAAAGCUAUUCAGAGCCAGUGAACCCCUGCUCAGUGUCCUGAUGUGGGGAGUCAAUCACACUAUCAAUGAACUAAGCCAUGUUCAGAUUCCUGUUAUGUUGAUGCCAGAUGACUUCAAAGCAUUCAGCAAGAUUAAAGUGGACAAUCACCUUUUUAACAAGGAGAAUCUCCCAAGUCGCUUCAAAUUUAAGGAGUAUUGCCCGAUGGUUUUUAGGAAUCUGCGAGAGAGAUUUUGCAUCGAUGAUCAGGAUUACCAGCGGUCUUUGUCAAAGCUUCCAACACAGGAGCUCGAAAAAAUAACAGUGAACAUGGGUUUAGUCCGCCAGAACUCAGUAACACGGAGUGCCCCCCUAAACAGUGACACACAGAAUCGGAUGGGUGCUCGAUUUUUAACUACAUAUGACAAGAGAUUCGUCAUUAAAACUAUAACUAGCGAAGAUGUAGCAGAGAUGCAUAAUAUUUUAAAAAAGUACCAUCAGUAUAUUGUGGAGUGCCAUGGUAAUACACUUCUUCCCCAGUUCCUGGGCAUGUACCGGUUAACAGUGGAUGGAGUGGAGACGUACAUGACCGUAACAAGAAAUGUAUUUAGUCACAGACUUACCGUCCACAGGAAAUAUGACCUGAAGGGUUCAACAGUAUCGAGGGAAGCUAGUGGAAAAGAAAAGGCCAAAGAGUUGCCAACGCUAAAAGACAAUGACUUUCUAAAUGAAGGGCAAAGAAUUCAAAUAGGGGAUGAAAAUAAAAAGAUGUUUCUGGACAAACUUAAGCGUGAUGUUGAGUUUUUAGCACAGUUGAAGAUCAUGGAUUACAGCCUGUUAGUUGGUAUCCACGACGUAGAUCGUGCCGAGCAAGAAGAGGUCGAAGUGGAAGAGAAAGGCGAGGAGGAAGAUUGUGAAAACGAUGGAAUGAGCCAUCCUGUUGGUUCAUAUGGAACCCCGCCGGAUAGCCCUGGAAAUAUGUUGAACUUCCCACGAAUCUUUGGACCAGGGGAGUUUGACCCAACUGUGGACGUGUAUGCUAUAAAGAGCCAUGACAUCAUACUGGCUAAUUUUCCAGAUGCCCCAAGGAAGGAAGUUUUCUUUAUGGCAAUAAUUGACAUUUUAACUCAUUAUGAUGCGAAGAAGAAAGCUGCCCAUGCUGCCAAAACAGUGAAACAUGGGGCUGGUGCUGAGAUAUCAACAGUUAACCCUGAACAGUACUCAAAGCGUUUCUUAGAAUUUAUGUCCAACAUCAUAACAUAGUGCCAUGCAGUACACACUAGAUGCACAAGAGACUACUGCGGAGUAUCAAAUGCAGCAACGUGGGAACAACAGUUGGGGACACUCUAGUGGUGCGUACAGAGACUAAUCUCAAAAUUGCAUCCUUUGGAAACAGAAGAUAAACAACAAAAAAAAAACACUUGCACACUUAAUGGCAAAUGUGCUUUGCCUCAAAUUUUGCAUUACUCCUGAAGUUUUCCCUGUCAUGCAUUCUGAGUGUGUUUUUACUGGCAUUAGUUUCGGCGGCACGCCAUAUGACACAAUGAGAAGUUCUGCAUGUUCGAAAAGCCGAAGGCAGGUGCUUGCGCACAGUGAAAGACAACGGGGCACUUUGGCCGUGGCAAGAAUCACUUUUCCUUUUGAAGAACAGUUUUGACGUUGUCCAGCCAGAACAAAGACACGGUGUAUAGCUUGCGUGUAACUCUACAUAGGUGCACUUACCCAGUCCCUGGUACUGCCACUGUUAACUUGUGCCAUGCUGUUUCUCAAAGCAUUUUUAAGUUGCCAUGUUGUUUAAUUGCAGGAAAAAUAAGACUUUUUAACAGCUAUCAAUAAACCAACGCAUCAAUAUGUAAAUAAAACAUUGUUUGAUUGGGAAUGGGAGGGUUGGCAUGGGCGGAAGAGAAAGGGGAAUGUUUACUAAAAAGCAGUGUAACCUGUACAAUAUGAUGCUGCAUAUCUUGGUUACCCUUGAUCGUGUCUGGCUACGGAAUCUGCCAAUGUCCCAGAAAUCUGACAUGAUCCGGGUAAGUUGAUUGGAUUUGCAGAAUCCCAAAUGUAUUCUAAACGUUUACUUAUUUUUGUCAUUUGACAAGAGGGCUGGUGUUUACUUUAAUGUGGACUAUUUGGCUUUUCAAGGGAGUACUGUCUGUAAUAUGUGCUUUAAGCUAUAUUUUUUGUGGACAAUGUGUCAUUCUGUCUUCUAGGUCAAUAGACAUGAGUAAAAGGGUGAUUUUUUUUGAAAUAGCUAACUCCUUUGUAAGGAACUUUUUGAAAAAAAAACUCAAUUCUUUUGACAAAGCAUAGAGUUCGCUGUUGAAUCUGAUGUUACAAAAAAGUUAACUGUGAUAAUAAUGUUGCUUGGUAGUAUUUUGUAAGAAAAAACUACCUAAUUGAUUGGUGAUUGAAUCCUUAAGGAAUCAGAAAUAUUACAAAAAAAAGCCGCAGCAUUAUUGUGCUGUUUUAUUCACGAAAAAAUGCUGGAUGUGUGCAAAUAAAAUAUGCCAGCCCCAGGCAUCAAAUUUGAACCACUUCUGUGUAGUUUGCAGAAAUGAUGGAAGGAAUUGAUUUGCACUUUAACCUUUAACAGAAUUUAGCGUGUGCUGUUAAUUACGUACAGCAUAACAGAUAUUAAUAGAGGAGGUGUGCUUGUUCUGAAUUUGAUCUUGACUGAUUGACCAUUGAAAUGUAUAUGUCUAAAGCCAAACUACAUGUUAAUGUUUGCACCCAUUUAAUGUUUAAAUCAUCUUUAACCCAUUACUUUAUAUGGAUGUUUAAAUACAGAACUUUCUUUACUAAAAUGACGGUGGCCAUUUUACGAAGUGAUCUGUUUUACAUUUGGGAACAGUGGACGUAGGGUGUCAGAGGAUUAACAAUUAAUGGUAGUGUAGCAGUUAGUGUGACACUGUUACAGUUUGGGGCGUUGGAGUUUGGUGUUCGAUUCCAGUGCCUUCUGUAAGGAGUCUGUACAUUCUCCCUGUGACCGUGUGGGUUUCCUCUGGAUGCUCCGGUUUCCUCUCAGUCCAAAGACGUACAGGUUAGUAGAUUAAUUGGUCAUUGUAAAUUGUCGUGUAAUGAGGCUAACAUUAAAUAGGUGGGUUGCUGGAUAAUGAACCCUUUGGGCCAGAAGGACCUCUUCCGUACUGUAUCACUAAAUAUUGUUUUUUAAUUGCAGGAAAAUUAAUAGUAAUGCAGCUUCUGAUACCCUGUGUUGCUGAAAAACAAAAUGUACAAUUCUUGCAUAGUAUAUGUUGUAAUAGAUACUCACUCUGGUGCCAUUGUAGCUAGCUCGAAAUAUUGUAAAGGAUGAUCAAAGGAAUAUUAAAACCACUGCCUAAAUUCAGUUGCAACAGUAUAAAUGCACAUCUGAUCCAAGCUUCAAUUUUCUAUAUACUGAAUGCUUUCUUAUUCACCCUUUUGUUAUACAAAGUUCCAGAUGAAAGUAUAGCUCCUCAUGAGCCACGCAUCAUUCUGGUUAUACGGCAGCCCGGUUGUUUCUGAGCUCAGCCCAUUGCUGGCUAGCCAUGUCACCACCAUUUACUCUGGAGAAGUUAGUGUUUUGCAGUGAUUUGGAGGAAGCUGUUUUCUGACCAAGGCUUGGUACGGUUGCUGUUAACUUCUAAAAUUCAGUGAUGCAAAAUUAAAGAGAAAGAUCCUCAAUAUCAUUAACUGCAUUUUAUCAUGUUAAAAAGUUAUCUCUCACUUUUUUCUGGGACAAAUGUUCGCUGGGAAAUACUCAGAUCUCAGUCACCUAACAUUGUGCUCAGAUAAGUACAGAAGAAAAUAGGAGCUGCAACAGGCCAUUUGGCCCCUCAGGGCUGGUCCACUGUUCGCUGCAAUUGUGCCCCAACUGUACACCCCACCCUCACCUUCUCUGCCAGUUCCCAGUGCCCUCAAUCCCCUGGUAUUUCAGAAAUCCACUUUAAGUACCCCCAAUAAUAUAGCUUUCACAAUCCUUCAGAGAGUCACCACCUCUCCAAGAAGGUACUUAUACAACUCUGUUUUAAAUUAUCGCCCCUGAUCUGUCUCUAGAGUGAAAUAAAAAGCAAAAGACAAAUUAAUGACUCCAUCAUUGGAACCAAUCGCCAUGACUACCAGUGGAUGCCUCAAGUCUCCUUGCAAGUUGACAAUCAGU